AUGGCCGCAUCAAGCAGGCGAUCGGGGGUCACAUGGGAGCGAGUGGCCCUGCUGGUCCUCAGUGUUCUCCUGGCAGCUGCCCUCACAGCUCUUGGUGUAACCCUUCAUGAAAAUGCUCAAACCAAGAAGCUUCAAGAGGAAUGUGAAGCAAAACAUCUCUCAGAUGAAACAUGUCCGAGGUGUGAGGACGGCUGGGAGCCACAUGGAGGAAAGUGCUACUUCUUCUCCUUGUUUACUUCAAUCUGGACUCAGAGUAGAAGACAAUGCAAAUUAAUGAGAGGAGACCUGGUUGUGAUAAACAACAGAGAGGAGCAGAGAUUCCUGGAGUCUAGAGUGAGAGGAAAAAUGGAAACUUAUGAUGACAAGUUCUGGAUCGGACUGACAGACUCAAAGAAAGAGGGUGAAUGGCUUUGGGUGGACGACACACGACUGGAUACAAGUUUGACGUUUUGGCGUCACGGAGAACCAGACAACUGGGCAGGGCUGACUUCUGAUGGACAGGACUGUGUGAGGAUGGGGGAGAAAGACGGGGCCACGGACCUGAAGUCCUGGGACGAUCGAUACUGCGAAUAUUCUCAAAAAUAUAUUUGUGAGAAACCAGAUAAAGCAUGA